AUCGCCUUCGCCGUCAAAUUAUAUACUCCCCACUCAUCCUCAUCAUCAGCGCCACCGUCUCCAUUUUAGUCCCUGGUAUAUACAUUUCUUUUUCUAUGCGGCCCGUUUUGAUCGUCACACGCUAGGGCAUUACCAUGCGUCUCCAAGCCACCCGCUCUCUGGCCCUCCUGGCCACCGUCACAGCCGCUGCCGCUAAGGAUAUCGUAUCUUUCCUUUAUCCCGAAAGAUCCUUUCCUAACGAUGCCAAGCUCAUUGGCACUACUGGUGGCACCCUUACUACCCUUGCAUUUAACUGCGCUGAGGCUGCACCCACCACUGUUACCAGUGUCGCAGCUACUACAUCCAUUGCAGCACCCAACGAUGAUGAUGACCAGUGCUGGGUCCCCGGCGCGGGUUAUACCAUAACGGCGGGAAGCACCACCUUUGAGUUUGCCUAUACGACCCAUGGCUUCACCAUCUCAGCCGGCUGCUCUUUCGCCAGCACCACCUACGCAUCCUGCAAAGCCACUAGUACUUUCGUCUCGGACACCGGAGUUCAGAGUUAUGACACCAGCUCCCGCAUCCCCCAUAUGACCGUCACCAUCACUGCCACUGAGUCUGUUUCUGCCAGUGCUACCGCCUCAGCCACAAGCUCCAGUGUUUCUAAGACCACCACUUCUGAUACCAGUAGUACUACAGUGGAAUCUUCCGCUUCAUACUCUGCCACUUCCACUUCCACCGCGGACAUUAGUGACAAUGCGGCUAUGCCAUUGGCUACUGGAGCUGCUCAGUGGGUGGCUGGUGGCGCGGCUAUGAUGCUUGCCCUGGCGAUAGCUUAGAUAUGAAUUUGGACGGCAAAAUUAGUUCACGAGGGGCAAUUUGUUUGCUGUGUUGAUGUUGCUAGCCUGUUGCGAUCAAUGAAACGCAUAGGGGGGAG